CGACCCGCCUUAGCUGGAGAAGGAGAAACGCAGAAGUCCUCGGGGAGAAAGUGCGUCAGCAGGUCUGGACCACCAUGUGGACUUUCUGGCUCCAGCUGAUGUUGAUCAGCGCUUCCGUCCAGCAGGUGACCAGUUCAGGUGCCGGACGACACUCACUGCAGGCAUUUGCCACCUACAUCUCAGGGCCCUCACAGCUGCCAAAGUUCAGCACCGUGCUGAUGCUGGAUGACCUCCAGGUGGCGUACUACGACUCCACAUUGGGUCGAUUGGUCAGCAGCAACAGGGACAGGACUCCCCUGGACCUGGGUGAUAAAAUGACUGAGAUUAUUAAACGUGGGCACUUGGUCAUGAGACAGAGGCUGGAAGACAGCAAGCAGUAUUUCAACCAGACCGAAGGUCUCCACGUCCUGCAGACAAUGACAGGCUGUGAGAUCCAGGACGGACAGCCGACGUUCAUCAUGUCACGUGACGGUUUUGACGGUCAGGACAUCAAUGUCCGCAUGCACAACAUGACCCACUUCUCUUGCACAACCGGAGACGGCUGGGCGAGUCUGUGGGAUGCAGCAAGGUGGCAGAUCCUCGAAAACCUUUACCGUCACUUAUACCUCCCGACGUGUGAAGCACUCCUGAAGCAGCUGCUGGAGCAGAAGAAGAAGCUGCUGACCCGUCGAGUCCCGCCAAGACUCCGCGUCUUCUCCAGGCAGGGGAAGGGUGGAGCUCUGCUUACCUGUCUGGCCACGGACUUCUACCCUCGCCACAUCAACCUGACCCUGCUCCGGGACGGACGGCAGGUGGAGGAGGAUCAGCUGAGCGCUGGUCCGGUGCUGCCCAAUGCCAACGGCCUCUACCAGGUGAGGAAAACGCUGGUGCUGACAGAGCAAGAGCUGCAGCAGAAACACAACUACACCUGCACCGCCGCUCACCUGAGCCUGGACAACCGGCUGCAGGUGAGCUGGAGGGCCGAGUCCUACCACUCCCGCCGGGCACACAUGGUCUCGCCGUUCGUCCUGGUGGCCCUCAUUCUGCUGCUCCUCCUGCUUCUGGUCCUGGCCAAGUGUGGCAAACCUCACAGAGACUCAGUGGAAACAGAGAGUGAAACUCAGCGGCUGUGAAGCGCCCCCUGGUGGCAGUGAGACAUUACAAGUCUUUUAAAACAUGGUCCCAAAGCAGCAAUUCCUCUCUUUCAAGCUUGGUCCAGGAGGAGAAGUUGCUGUAAAUGUGGAGUGGAGUUGAGAGUUCAGAACUAUCAUCUCAGUGUGUUUCUUCAUGUCACUUUGUCACUUUAUAC